AUGACUGACUACAAGUUCGAGGGCUGGCUUGGCGAGGAUGAGUCUUCGGUCAAGGGUAACAUGAAAUGGGGCGGCUUCGAGCCCAAGAAGUGGGAGGAGGACGAUGUCGACAUUCAGAUCUCUCACUGCGGUGUUUGUGGCUCUGAUCUGCACACCCUCUCUUCUGGAUGGGGACCUACACCUUAUCCUUGCGUUGUUGGCCACGAGAUCGUGGGCAACGCCGUCAAAGUGGGCACCAACGUGAAGGACAUCAAGGUCGGCGACCGCGUCGGUGUAGGCGCUCAAGCGCGAAGCUGUCUGUCCAAGGACUGCCCAGACUGCUCAGCCGGCCUCGAGAACCACUGUGCGCUCGGCGGCGUCAACACAUACGGCUCAAUCUAUCCCAAAGGCGAGGGCAAGUCCUAUGGUGGUUACGCAGACUACAAUCGCACGAAUUCGCACUUCGUGUUCAAGAUCCCGGACGCGCUCCCAUCGGCUGAAGCGGCACCAAUGCUGUGCGGAGGCAUCACUGUCUACUCGCCUCUCAAGAACUAUGGAGCUGGACCAGGCAAGACUGUCGGAAUUGUUGGUGUCGGCGGUCUCGGUCACUUCGGACUGCUGUUCGCCAAGGCUCUGGGUGCCGACCGUGUCAUUGGUAUCUCACGCAAAGCCGACAAGCGAGCGGAUGCUCUGCAGCUCGGUGCCGAUGAAUACAUCGCGACCGAUGAGGACAAGGACUGGGAGACCAAGUACAAGCGCAGCAUCGAUCUGAUCGUCUGCACAGUCAGCUCGGAGAAGAUGCCGCUCACUGGGUACCUUGGUACGCUCAAGACAAAGGGAACGUUCAUUCAGGUCGGCGCACCAGAUGGUGGAAACCUCCCACCGAUCAACGCGUUCACCUUGCUCAGCAACGGGAUCAAAGUAGGCGGAAGCGGUAUUGGAAGCCCUAACGAGAUCGGCGACAUGUUGAAAGUCGCGGCUGAGUGGAAGGUCAAGCCUUGGAUCCAGGAGAGACCUCUGGAUGAGGCGAACCAGGUGGUGCAGGACCUGACGGCGGGCAAAGCAAGAUACCGAUAUGUGCUUUUGAACAAGAAGCAUGCAUAG